AGUCCCUCCUCGCCCUGCCUCCUGCGCGCCCAGCCCAGCCUCCGCCCGCGGGGACGUGUGUGAGUGUGUCUGUGUGUGAGUGUGUCUGUGUGUGUGUGUGUGCGUGCGUGCGCGCGUGUGUGCUGUGUGUGUCUCCAGUGCGAUUUCCCCUUUCUCUCGCUAGCCUCGGCGCAGCUCUCCAGCGGCUCGCGCCCCCCUCCUCAUCAGCGGGUGCCCCCCGCCGCCCUUCCCUCGGCGCGGCCUCCCGGGAACCUCGGGACUCCCGUCGCACUGCCGGCACCCUGGUUCCUCUUCAUCCGGGGCGCCGCCGUCUCACCUGGGGCUCGCAUCUCGCUCGCCCUCCAACUUUGCCAUUGGCGGCGGCGGCGGCGGCGGCGGGACGUGUGGGAGAAGCCCAGCGCCUCGCCCGGCCGCCCGCCCGCCCGGACCAGCCUGCCCCGGCGCCGAGGUUGCUCUUGUGGUUGGCAUAGCCCAGCAUGCAAUCUUGAGCCUGGCAUAGUCCACACCCACUCCAACUCUGGUUAUCCUCCCCAGAGGCUCAGAGAAGGCACUAGAUUGAUCCUAACAUACCUGAAUAACUUCUGUUCGACAACAAACCACCGCAGCUCCAGGGAGCCGGGGGAGUCUCAUUGUCAGCUCUGGCAGAAGCCAGUAUGGCUAUUGCUCUGCAGCCCAGUGAUCUGGUCUUCGAGUUUGCAAGCAACGGGAUGGAUGAUAUCCACCAGCUGGAAGACCCUUCAGUGUUCCCAGCCGUGAUCGUGGAACAGGUCCCCUAUCCUGAAUUAGUGCAUCUGUGCUCAGGACUGGAUCUGGAUGAGGUCCACAAUGGCAUCAUAAGGGACAGGACCUUGUGCAUGACACAGGAUCAGAUUUUAGAAGGCAGUAUUUUGCUGACAGAUGAUGAUGUAUCCACCUCAAAUAACGUGUCAUCCACUGAAGUCCUAUUCAAUGUGGCAACUCCCAGUGAUGUCCUGGAUGAGAAGCAGAUCUUCAGCUCACCGGAAGUGCUUUCAGACUCCAACUCUGUUCAGGCCAUCAAUCUACCCAACUUCCUGCUCUCUACCCCUGAACCUGAUGACCUGAAGAAGACAAGUGAUGCUGGUGACCAGAAGGAGCAUUCUGAGGAGGAGAAGGUCUCCAGAGAGGAAAAUCUUAGGAAGAUGGGGAAGGCACGGAAGAGAAACCGAAAGACCAAGAACAACCGAAGUACCUCACCUGUCACUGACCCUAGCAUGCCUAUACGGAAGAAAUCCAAAGAUGGCAAAGGCAGCACCAUUUAUCUGUGGGAGUUCCUCCUGGCUCUUCUGCAAGACAGAAACACCUGCCCCAAGUACAUUAAGUGGACGCAGAGAGAGAAGGGCAUCUUCAAGUUGGUGGACUCCAAGGCUGUGUCCAAGCUGUGGGGCAAGCAGAAAAACAAACCUGACAUGAACUACGAGACCAUGGGGCGAGCCCUGAGAUAUUAUUAUCAAAGAGGAAUCCUGGCCAAAGUGGAAGGGCAGAGGCUGGUAUACCAGUUCAAGGAGAUGCCUAAGGACUUGGUGGUGAUUGAUGAUGAAGAAGAGAGCCCUGAGACACCAGAAGACUCUUCCCAGGCCUCGACUUCCUCCACACCCUCGACCAGUACCAUCCGGAGAGCCAGCUCCAGGGUCGGAACCAGAGCCUCCCCCGAGGACAAGGAUAACCCUCCCUGGGAGAAGCCAAAAGUCCAACACACUGGUCUCCAGCCAUCUGCAAGCCUGGAGUUAGGAUUGUCUGUGGAUGAGGAGGUUCCCACCACCUCCACCAUGCUUGCCAGCCCACUACAGAGCCAGGCCAGGCUCACCAAAACUGUGAGUUCUUCUCCAGCACCCAGUAACAUCCACCUAGGAGUAGCCCCUGUGGGGCCUGGCUCCACUGUCACCCUGCAGACCAUCCCGCUGACUACGGUGCUGACCAAUGGGCCUCCUGCCAGUACUACUGCUCCAACUCAACUCGUUCUUCAGAGUGUCCCGCAGGUGUCAACAUUCAAGGACACCUUCACUUUGCAGACCUCCUUCCCCCUGAACACCAAUUUGCAAGAGAACCAGGUGGCAACCCAAGGGGCCCCACUGAUCCUCAGUGGUCUCCCCCAACUUCUGGCUGGGGCCAACCCUCAGAGCAACCCAGCUCCAUCCCAGGUCAUAGGUGCUGGGUCAGCAGGGCCUAGCUCUCAGCCCCCUGGGACUGUGAUUGCUGCCUUUAUCAGGACUUCCAGUGGCACAUCAGUGCCUGUGGUAAAGGAGGGGCCCUUGAGGUCCUCUUCAUAUGUGCAGGGUGUGGUUACUGGGGCACCCGUGGAGGGGCUGUUGGUUCCUGAAGAGACCCUGAGAGAGCUCCUGAGAGAUCAGGGUCAUCUUCAGCCACUUCCGAGUCAGGUGCUCUCAAGGGGUUCCCAUAACCUGAGCCUUGUGGGGAACCAGACUCUCUCUCCCCCUAGCCACCCCACUGUUGGGCUAACCCCAGUGGCUGAGCUCGAGCUCUCGUCAGGCUCAGGGCCCCUGUUCGUAACUGAGCCUAGUGUGACCAGAUCCCCAACCCAGGCCCCUUUCUCCCCAUUCAAUCCCACUUCCCUCAUUAAGAUGGAACCCCAAGAUAUAUAAACAAAGGGAUCAAAAGUAUGACCCACCGGGCAAAAUUGUGAAGCAUUUUCAUGUGGACUUAAGUAAGAGUACCCACCCUUCUAUCUCGUGGGGUGUGAGAACAUUUGAUUCCAAGUUCCCCAGGCCUAUUUGACAUCGCUCUGACCAAAGUGUGCCCAGUUCAAGCAUCUGGCACCAGACCAGGGCCUUCAAGAGCACUAGGGAGUAGAUGUGCUCUUGGAAUGAAAAUGAGCUGACUUGGUGAUGGAGGGAAAUCCACAAGCCAGGAAGCAGCUUGUGGCCAGAUCUGGUCAGCAGCUUCACAGGACGAGUUAGGCCUGGUCAUACUUCGUUAUCUGUAUUCCUUACACAGGGAAUUUACCAUCCAAUAUGUGAAUAUCUUCGUAUGCAUCUGUGUGCACUUGUGGGUCUGUAUCUUCAUUUCUUUGGGAAGGAUAGGAUGUAGAUGUCAGGUCUUGUCUGUGUUUGUGUGUGUGUCCGUCUGUCCGUCCGUCCCUCCCUAGGUCAGCCACAGAGAUGAGGCAGUUUUAAGAGAAAGCACUCUGUAACUUUUUCUUGUUGUUGUUGGCAAGCAACAAUGCCUUUCUGAGACUGGAAGGAACUGGUGGAAUGCCCCUCCUCCCAGUCUAUAGAGGUGUCACAGAGCUGGAAAAGGUCUAGGUAGGAGAACUUCAAUGGGUGCAUAUGCUGAGAGGACACUGCUAAGGGACAAGAGGCCAUGUAUGUUAAAACCAUAGUGGGAGAGAGAAGGAACACACUUAGUCCUGGGAGCACUUGCUUGUCAUAGUCACCUUGCCACCAGGCUGGAACCCGGAGUGCUCUACUGAAGGUUGUGAGGCAAAGCACUUAUCUCUAGGCAGCCCUGAUUAUAAAGUCCCUAGCCAGGCCUGAGUGCAUUGAAUGGUUGUGGCCAGGGCUUUUGGCUGUUUGUAUAAAAUCAGCCCUAUGCUUGACAAUAACAGCCCUUUGUGAUCCAGUACUCUUCCUUCCCUAUCUUGGGUUCCCUCUUCACUCUGUCUGCGCUGAGAAAUUCCACCUGUCCUCAGUUGCUGAGGCUAGUGGGGUGGCAAGGCUAGCUCCAGCCAUACAGUCUCACUCACUCUCCCACCCUCUCGCUCUCACAGUGGCUCUUUGCUUUUUAUUUCUGCCCAUCACAUCUAACCCGAUUCUCGCUUCACUGAGAUGACAGGAGCGAGCACACAUGGGUUCCUACAGCUCCUGUCAGCCCAUGAGUCUGCUUUUCUCUUUUCUGUUUCUGGAAAGAGCUCUCCUGAUCUUAGUCUCUCAGCAGAGGGUCUCCAUCUCCCUUUUUUGAAUCUGCUUGCCUCUUUCCUACCAGGUUUAGGAACAAUGUGUGGAGAUGUCACACCCAGAACCAAGUCUAGCUAGCCUCUGGCGACUUUGGUUAAUGUGAAUCAGUGCUCCAGGACCUUCUCUAUGUCCUCUAUGCCAAAAACACCCACUUGACCUAACUACCUCCCUGGCCGGUCAUCCUCCUCCCUACUGUUCCCUCUCCUUCCCUGGAGGAAGGAGCCAUCUGUGGCUCUAUGCAGGUGUGUUUGCUACAUUCCCAGCAAUUGGCGCUGAAAUGUCUGUUCUAAUAAAAUUGGCUGAUGAUGUCAAUCUCUGGAUGGAUGGAUGGAAGGAAGGAAGGAAGGAAGGAAGCAUCUAGAGAAAAGGUCACCAUUGUUGGCGUUAGUGUUUGCUGUUCUUGUUGUGUUUGGGUUUUAGUUUUUUGGGGUUUUUGAACUUGCUCUGUUGGUUAAGAUGACCUUGAACUUCCGGUUCUCACCCCCCCCCUUCCUUGUUCUCACAUGUGGAUCACCAUGUGGUUCUGUGGACCAAAGCCAGGACUCUGUGCAGGCGUGACGAGUACUCCUAGCAACUGUGCUACCUUCCAAGCUCAAUCAUUUUUUUUUCAAUCAGUUUUAAUGAGCACAAAGGGACAGUAUGAGUUGCCAUCAGCCUGGGACCUAAUCUCUCCAUACACCAUUGUGCUUUCUGUUUUCGUGCGGGCUCCUCCUCUCUGUGUGUGGGUGUUCUCCAAGGGUCUCCAUUUUGUCAUGGGCCAGUUCUUUCACAUGAGUUCUGGAACCUACUUCUCUAAGUUCCUGGCUCUCGCUCAGCCCUAGUGAUCUGCUUCUGUUCAUGAUGCCACCAUUCUGCUGACCUUCUAGACUGGAAAUCUCAGAGCUGUCUGGUGGGCUCUGUGCACUUGACCCUGCCCCUCUCCCUCAUCUCCUGUUAUCUGGCCUGUCUUCAUUUCCAGAGCCUCCAGCCUAGCCCAUGCCUCUUAACGUCCCACUUCCCAAUGUGACUUCUCAGCACUUCUCUCUGGCAGGCUACUUGCUCUGGCCUUCCUCUGCUAAAAAGCCUUCAGCGAGUCCUGGCCUGCAGACUAGGCCAGUCCUUAAACUGCUGAUCCCCACCCACUCAGGAUUUUCUAGCUGGUCUAGGCCUAGCUUUAGUUCCCCAAUCGUGGCAGGGCCCAAGAAGUUGGGGAGCACUUGGAGAGUAAAUCUUGAAAGAUUUGAAGUUUGAUAACAACCCACCAGGGAAAAGAGCUCGAAGUCGGUGGCAUUUCACUAGUGGGUCCUCUCUGAUAUUCCCCACUCACCCCAUGCCAAGGUACUCUUCGAGGAGUCCAUGGUCUUUGAACUUGUUCCCACUUAAUGCCUUUUCUUUCCUGGGUUCCAUCUAACCAAUAUGCUCUAUCCUCUUACUAACAAUGGAAAACUGUGUCUCAAGAUGGAAUUGAGUGGGAACAGCCAGUUCUUACCUUUAAUUCUUAAACUUGUAACUGCCACUUGAUGGACAGGUGACUAGAAACAGCCUGUGACAUCUCUGUUGUAAUCACAAACUGUUACUUAGACUGUAAGUUUAGUACCUUUUAUCUCCUGUGUGUGUUACCUUCUGAGGGGUAGGCACCACCGUGUCACCCACAACACUGGGCAUACUAUAACGCAGAUGAGCAUCCCUGACCAGUUACUGUUUGAUCUGAUGAGAGCUGGGAAGCAAACUUUUGAGGUAGCUGACCGCCGUCCUCCCCUCUCGCUUAGGCAGUUACUCCAGGUGCUUCACUGCCCAGUGCUGCCCCCCCCCCCCACAGGACCACCUCACCCUCUAUCUUAACAUCAAAAAUUUGUAUUACUUUCAACAUCCCUCUGAUCCUAAAGACAACUUCUUGUUCAGUUUCUUCCUUACCCAGAGUGUUAAACUAGCUAACCGGUUAACUAACCCUUGCUGACAAGCGUUCUGCAAGAGGCUUACAGGAGAACCUCAGGAGACAGAUUUCCUUGAACCAGAGUCAGGUGGCAGCAAUCCCCCUGCUUUUGUGAUGGCCUGCCUAAUGGAGUCAGGAGUCAAGUGAUGGUCCUCACGUCCCAGCGGCUGAUAUGUGACUCCCUCCUCCUGGCUCCCACAGCACUUUGUAUAUACCUCUUAUUGUAGCACAUUGUAUGUAGUUCUUUGAUUGUGUUCAUGUACGGUUUCCCUUCAACAGACUGUGAGCUCCUCCAGAGCAGGAGCUGUGUGCUAGUCAGUGAUGUAUCCCCAGCACCUAGCCACAGUGCCUGAUACACAGUAGGUGCUCAAUAAAUGUUUAUUGAAAGGC